AAUAUUGAAUUUAUAUAUACUGAAUAUCCCUGAUUUGAAGUUGGAGUCCCUGCUAGAGUAAUCUGUCUGACUCACCAUACACAGCAGGAAUAUCUCAUAAAAUUAUUGUUAGAGUCAUUCUGAUAAUCUGGUGUCCCUAAAAUUGUCAGAAGGAGAAGAUUGAGUUUAAAAUUAGUGCAAUUAUCUUAUCAUAUGAGUCUGUGUUCAUCAGAGAGACAGUCAUAGGAAAUAAACAGUCUCUGUUGCACCAAGCUAAAGGUAAAAGUCUAAACAGUUUGUGUCCAGAAUCUGUGGGUUCUGCAGAGAUGUUAGCCGCCAUUAAAACCUGAGUUUUCUGUUGAAUACAGGCAGAUUUUAUCACCAUUAUUUUGUAGUACUGCACCAUGAUCAAAAGUGCAAUAUUGUCAUUAUUUUUAUUAUUACUGUUGUUGCUUAAACAGUAAAUAUGUGUUUGAUGAUACAUCCCUGCUGUUUCUGCUAAAUGUGUAAAUAAUCUUGGAGAUUAUUUACUCCCAGAUUAGACAGACAGCUGGUAAACUCCUGAUGAUCUACGGGCUGAAUAAAUAUUGAUUAUGUGAUUUUUGUGUCCCUGAACACCAAUAAAAACUCAUUAAACAUCGACAGUUUCAGUUAUCAAUUUAAAUGAGAUUAAAAUAACGGACAGUCGCCGGUGGGAGUAGACGUGCAGUUGACUUUAAGCUCUGAUUGGCUGGCAGCAGCCUGGAGGCGGGAAAGUUUGGACCUCUAAACGCUGUGAUUGGUCGGAGCAGGAAGCGUGGUGCGCAUGAGCAGCCUGUUAAUUAGACGCCGGUUUGAGCUUUGGAGCAGACGGAGAGAUGCUGCUGGUCUGAGCGGAGCCUCGCGGCUGGAAGGGGGAAAACGAAGUUAAAACAGUGAAAAAGGAGCAGGAAAAGCGUUUCUGCUGGAUUAGCAGAGCCUCCUGCGGUUGACUGGAACAGUCUGGGACCAUGGUCCAGCACAGGGAACAUCCUGGAGCGGGAAUCACCAAGGAGUCCCGCGAGGCGACGGACACCGAGGAGGGUGAGCUGCUGGCGGCUUCGGCCUGCAGCGCCGUGCCGCUGAAGCCGGACUGGUGUAAAACGGCGUCGGGUCACAUAAAGCGGCCCAUGAAUGCCUUCAUGGUCUGGUCCAAGAUCGAGCGGAGGAAGAUCAUGGAGCAAAGUCCGGACAUGCACAACGCGGAGAUCUCCAAGCGGCUCGGGAAGCGCUGGAAGAUGUUGAAGGACACGGAGAAGAUCCCGUUCAUCCGGGAGGCGGAGCGGCUCCGACUCAAGCACAUGGCCGACUACCCGGACUAUAAGUACCGGCCCAAGAAGAAGCCCAAAACCGAGGGCUGCGCGUUUCCAGCGGGGAAGUCAUCCGCUCAAUCCCCGGAGAAGAGCACCGUGAGGUCGGUGAGUAAAAACCCCGGAGCCGCCAAGAAACUCUCCAAACUGAAGGCCGGGAAGACGGUGGCCGCGUCCGGCCGCGGGGGCAGCCACCUGCCGCCGCAGCCGGACCACCGGUACCGGUACAUGGUGAGCACCAGCUUUAAAUCCGUCAAACGGGAGUUUACCGACGACGAGGAGGAGGAUGAUGAUGACGACGAUGAUGAAGACUCUGAGGAAGAGUUCAAAGUGGAGGAGGAAGAGGAGGAGGAACCGUCCCGGUUCAGCCUGGCCAAGAUCCCGUCCGAGCCGCAGUUCGAGUCCUCCGGCCGGCUCUUCUACAGCUUCAAGAACAUCACCCGGCAGGGCGGCGGGGCCUCCUCCUACCCGGCCUCCCUCUCCCCCGCUUCCUCCUCCCGGUCCGGAUCCACGUCCUCCUGCUGCGGGGAGGACCUGGACGACCUCCCGGCGGAGCGGGCCGACCUGGCGCAGGGCUUCCUGGGCGACCCCUGGGCCUCCUCCUGCAGCGCCGCCGCCGGGAACCUCAGCCUGUCCCUGGUGGACAAAGACCUGGACUCCUGCGGCAGCGAGGGCAGCCUCGGGUCCCACUUCGAGUUCCCGGAUUACUGCACCCCGGAGCUGAGCGAGAUGAUCGCCGGGGACUGGCUGGAGGCCAACUUCUCGGACCUGGUCUUCACGUACUGACCGGUCGGAACCGAGGCCCGGAUCCGGUGCUGAUCGUGGAGGGGGGCGUGGCCGCUGCCGGCUCCCUGCCUGGACUCGGUACCGGUUUCGGAGCUUUGCUCCCUACCUGGACUAGGUACUCUCCAACAGGGUUUUUAUCAAUUAAUUUUCCGUCUCAGGUCCGACCCAUUUUCCGGACUAUGCAGUCUCACUCAGUCCCAUAAAGAACUGUAGAACCAGAACUGUAGGACUUCAGGUGUUUUUUAACGUCGGAUACUUUUGCAGCAACUUUAAAAAGAACCAGAACCGAAUUAGGCGUGGCAGGAAACCUUUUUGAUAUUUACAUAACCAAACAUACCUCAUCUUUUUAAAGAUAUCAGAAUAAUAAUAAUAAUAAAAUGACUAUUUUCAGGCAUAUUUUUGUACAUUCAAAGGGAAUGUCAGGCACUUGUUCCACUCUGGGUUUGUUUUUCUUUUUCCUGAAAACUGUUGGUUCCGGUUCUGCCUUGAUUUAAUGCCUUGCAGUUGUUUUAAAGCGCAGAUGGAGGUGUACUGGGAGGUUUACUGGGAGUACUGGUCAGAGUGUAAAUGUUGUGAAUAAAUAGAUUAAAGUUUAGCAAGUUUGUGUGACUGGUUAUAAAGAUGGAGGAAAAGCUGGAGUUUCUGUUGCUUAUUUUAAUUAUUUUUGUAUCACUUCAUCAGCAGCACACGUCUGUUUUGUUGCUCAUUAUUUUUGUGCAAUAUGAAAGAAAAUGAACGUAAAGGGCCAUCCUGAGUGUUUUGUAGCAGAAGGGAAACUGUGUGAACUUGUCCUUUAUCAUAAAGUCUGUACGUCUGAAUAAAUCAGCUGGAACUGAA